GGACCAGAAGGGGGGUGAUCUUCCCUCUGGUCAAAUUACCCCCUGUGCAGUGAUGGGGUAACUGUCUUUCUGUCCUGACUCAUUUCCAAUUCCCAACCUGGCUCUUUCAACCUGUCACCUAAUUGACAGGUUCAGUUGGCAAAAACAUUGUUCUCCAGCUCAGCUAGCGUGUGGUGAGUGUUCUGGUGCAAAAUGGCGGUCAUGCAUUACCCAUGUGGGUGCUACACAUUGGUGGUUGCGUUUAGGCUUUCAUCCCAACAGUUCCCCCGACCUUGUGCCACCGCAGAGGUCCUCCGAACCAAGGAGUGCUGUCCGUUGUGGGAAGGAGACGGAUCAGUUUGCGGUGCCCGAUCAGGCAGGGGGUUCUGCCAAGACAUUGUCAUCUCCGACCGCCCUAACGGACCGCAGUACCCCCACUCUGACAUAGAUGACAGGGAGAGGUGGCCUUUGGUGUUCUACAACCGCACCUGUCAAUGCGCUGGGAACUUCAUGGGAUUCAAUUGCGGAGAAUGCAAGUUUGGCUUCUUUGGUGCUAACUGCGCGGAAAGGAGGGAAUCGGUGAGAAGGAACAUUUUUCAACUGUCGGUGACCGAGAGACAAAAGUUUAUCUCUUACUUGAACCUGGCAAAGAACACAAUUAGUGAAGACUACGUGAUAGUGACCGGCACGUACGAAGAAAUGAACAACGGGAUAAAUCCAAUGUUUGCGGACAUAAAUGUCUAUGACCUAUUUGUUUGGAUGCACUACUACGUAUCCCGGGACGCCUUAUUGGGUGGGGCAAACAAUGUAUGGACUGAUAUUGAUUUUGCACAUGAAUCGGCGGCCUUCUUGCCAUGGCACCGAGUGUACCUGCUGCAUUGGGAGCACGAGAUCCGGAAGCUAACUGGCGACUUCAACUUUACCAUCCCCUACUGGGACUGGCGAGACGCGCAGGACUGCCAAGUGUGUACUGACGAGUUGAUGGGAGCACGCAGUCCACUGAACCAAAACCUAAUCAGCCCUGGUUCUGUCUUCUCCUCGUGGAAGGUGGUCUGCACCCAGCCGGAUGAAUACAACAGCAGGGCCGCGUUGUGCAAUGGCACAGGGGAAGGACCCCUGUUGCGUAAUCCUGGGAACCAUGAUCGGGCCCGGGUGAACCGACUGCCCACCUCCGCUGACGUUGAGUUCGUGGUUAGUCUCCCUGAAUACGAGACUGAACCCCUGGACAGGACGGCUAAUAUGAGCUUCAGAAACGUCCUGGAAGGAUUUGCCAGCCCAGAGACCGGCAUGGCUGUCCGUGGGCAGAGUACCAUGCACAACUCUCUCCACGUCUUCAUGAACGGCUCCAUGUCCUCUGUCCAGGGCUCUGCUAAUGAUCCAAUAUUCAUCCUCCAUCAUGCCUUCAUCGACAGCAUCUUUGAACAGUGGCUGCGUAGGCACCAGCCUCCCCGGACCCUUUACCCAGCAGAAAACGCUCCCAUCGGGCACAAUGAUGGCUACUACAUGGUCCCCUUCAUCCCCCUCUACAGAAAUGGGGACUACUUCCUCUCCACCAAGGCACUGGGCUAUGAGUAUGCCUACCUAUUAGACCCUGGCCAGCGGUUUGUCCAGGAGUUCCUCAACCCGUAUCUGGAGCAGGCCAGGGCCAUCUGGCAGUGGCUGCUGGGGGCGGGGGUCUUGGGGGCGCUGGUGGCUGGCAUCGUGGCAGCGGCCGUGGCCCUCGCCUGCAGGAAGCGGCGGCAGCGGAAGAAGAAAAGCGUGUCGGCGUACGGGGAGAGACAGCCCCUGCUCAACAGCAGCGAAGAGGAGGGCUCCACCUCCUACCAGACCACACUGUGAGGACACGGCAGACAGGGGGCGCUGUGGUCUGCACCAUCAUCAGAGCAGACAGGGGGCGCUGUGGUCUGCAGUAUCAUCAGAGCAGACAGGGGGCGCUGUGGUCUGCAGUAUCAUCAGAGCAGACAGGGGGCGCUGUGGUCUGCAGUAUCGUCAGCAGGGGCUGUGGGACCCACACACUCGCCAGUUGGCAAAGACCUUUGAUGAGAAAAAGAUGCUCCAGAGGGAGACUCAACUCCUGAUAUAAGGAAAGGAAAUGUCUCAAAUGAGUUUUCUGGAAACCAGAAGUACGUCUGAUGGGGCAUUAAAUGAAUUCCCAUGAAUUAAAAUUAAGUAUAAAUGAGAACAUUAAUUUUGUAAUAAGUACCCUCGAUAUAUAAGCGGAGCACAAACCACAUAAUACACUAAUGUACGAAGCGGGAUUUUAAUGAGAUUAAAGCAUGAGAAAGAUUUACAUUUCUAGAACUGCAGGAACAUCAACCAAUGGUUCUAAUGUAGUUUAGUCAUCAGUACUUGGUGUUGACUUAUACGUCAGGGCUGAUAUGUUCCAAAGAGAAAUAGCAGGAAUAGCAUCAAGUAUAUAUAUAUUUUCAGUUUGUGAACACUCCAAACAUGCAAUGUUUCUACAUUGACCCCAUUUGAAGCACCCACUUGAAUACACUGGAAGGGCCCAUAAUUUGGUAUAGGGGGAGUUAAACAUCUUGUUGACAUGGAGUGUCUUUGCCUUAUACUCGGAGAACAACAUCCACUCAAAACCUGUGUGUGGGUUGCAUGUGUGUAUGCACAUGUUUGUGUACAUAUGUGAGGCAUAUGUUCCUGGGAACCUGGCCUGGUGUAAAAACCUAUUGUGGAAAAGGUAUUCUUGCAGCUGAGAUGGUGACAAAGUACUGUUUACAAUAGAUGAGGUGCUCUGUAGAUUAAACAACAUUGUACCUAGCUCAUUAAAUUUGCCUUAAUUAACAUCUUAUGGUCUGUAAUCUCUACUGACGGUUCUUGUUAUGGAAAACAAUAUCAAAUAUGCACAUGUUAAUCAGUCGUUCUUGCAGUAGGAAUAUGCAUUUAUUCAUGAUUGUGCCUUGCUUUUAAUAAAACAUUCAAACACAAAAA